AGGUCGGGAGCGCGCCCGCCCGUGAACUCCGAGCCGUGGCGCCGUCGGUGUUGUCGGGAGCGAGCGGGCCCGGGAGCGGCGCGGGUAAUAGAGGAGGAGCCGGGGGCUGGUGCUGGGGAUGGAACCUAGGACCACAUGCUAGGUUCUUUAACCAUGGCACAAGUAGAAAAACGGGGAGGUUUGCUCCGGAAAUCCUCAGCCUCCAAAAAACCACUAAAGGAAAAAGUGGUACUGAUGUAUGAUGAGAUCUUCAUGACAGAGGAUCCAAGUAAGUGCAGUCCUCGGUUUUGGGAGGAACUCUUUCUCAUGAAGGUGAAUUUAGAUUAUCUAGAAGGCAAGCUGGAAUCACUUGAUGGUGAGGAAUUAAUGAAGAUCAAGGAUAAUAUUAAUAGUUUGUUUCAACACUGCAUCCAGGCUUUGGGAGAGGAGCAUCCAAUUCGAGUUGUCAAUGCAUUGCAGACAUUGUGUGCACUUAUUCGAGGAGUUCACCAAAAGAAUAAAUCUACUUCUGGGUUUGACAUUAUCAACAUGCUGAUGGGCUUUGACAAGGCAGAGCUGUGCAUGAAGAACUUGAUGGAGAGUUUGGAUUCAUUGCUUUGUGCAGAAGGUUCUGAAAGUCUGAAGAGCUUAUGUCUGAAACUACUUCUUUGUUUAGUGACGGUUACAGACAACAUUAGCCAGAACACUAUCCUGGAAUAUGUAAUGAUCAACAGCAUAUUUGAAGCAAUUUUACAGAUACUUUCCCAUCCCCCAAGUCGCAGGGAGCAUGGAUAUGAUGCUGUUGUCCUCUUGGCUUUGCUGGUAAACUACAGAAAGUAUGAGUCUGUGAAUCCUUAUAUUGUGAAGCUGUCUAUCGUGGAUGAUGAGGCUACACUCAAUGGAAUGGGGCUUGUGAUUGCUCAAGCUUUGUCUGAAUACAACAGGCAGUAUAAAGACAAAGAAGAAGAACACCAGAGUGGUUUUUUCUCUGCUUUAACAAAUAUGGUGGGCAGCAUGUUCAUAGCGGAUGCCCAUGAGAAAAUUUCAGUACAAACCAAUGAGGCCAUUCUUCUGGCACUUUAUGAAGCUGUUCAUUUAAAUCGCAACUUCAUCACAGUAUUAGCUCAGAGUCAUCCAGAAAUAGGGUUGGUGACAACCCCUGUCAGUCCCACUCCAACUACCCCAGUCACACCACUUGGGACCACACCACCUUCCUCUGAUGAGACAAGAAGAGCAAGACAGAGAAAGGAAGAGGGAGAAGGAGAAAGAAGUCUAUUUGUUAAAUCUAGGCAUGGUAUCAUAUCUAUUCUUAGCACUCAGGAGAUUUUGAGACAAGCCCCUGACAUAUUUGAGACAAAUGAACACAGGCUUCACAGUGGCAAGCUCUGUCUGAUUAUCCUUACCUGUAUUGCAGAGGAUCAGUAUGCCAAUGCAUUUUUACAUGAUGACAACAUGAAUUUUCGAGUAAACUUACAUAGAAUGCCUAUGAGACACAGGAAGAAGGCAGCAGACAAGAACCUUCCCUGCCGUCCUUUAGUGUGUGCAGUACUGGACCUGAUGGUAGAGUUUAUUGUAACACAUAUGAUGAAAGAGUUUCCUAUGGAUCUCUAUGUACGCUGCAUUCAGGUAGUACAUAAACUGCUUUGUUACCAGAAGAAGUGUAGAGUUCGCCUGCAUUACACCUGGCGGGAACUCUGGUCAGCUUUGAUAAAUUUGCUGAAGUUCCUUAUGUCAAAUGAAACUGUACUUUUGGCCAAACACAACAUUUUUACAUUAGCCCUUAUGAUUGUGAAUCUCUUUAAUAUGUUUAUCACAUAUGGAGACACAUUCCUGCCAACUCCCAGCAGCUAUGAUGAACUUUACUAUGAGAUUAUCCGCAUGCACCAGAGCUUUGACAACCUCUACUCUAUGGUUCUUAGGCUUUCUACCAAUGCAGGCCAGUGGAAGGAGGCAGCUAGCAAGGUGACCCACGCCUUGGUUAAUAUCAGAGCCAUCAUCAACCACUUUAAUCCCAAAAUUGAGUCUUAUGCUGCUGUGAAUCAUAUAUCUCAACUGUCAGAGGAGCAGGUGCUAGAGGUAGUACGAGCCAACUAUGAUACACUCACACUGAAGCUGCAGGAUGGCCUGGACCAGUAUGAGCGCUACUCUGAGCAGCACAAGGAAGCUGCUUUCUUCAAAGAGCUGGUUCGAUCCAUUAGCACCAAUGUCCGGAGGAACCUUGCCUUUCACACACUCAGCCAGGAGGUCCUGCUAAAAGAGUUCUCCACCAUCUCCUGAGACCACACUCACCUGAGCCACUGACAGCCCUUACCUGUGAGGCUCCUGGACUGGAAGGGGCAUGGGGGCUACCUCUAUGGUUGGAGAGCAGCACAGAUACCCAGUCUCUUGGUGAAGGCUCCACUUCAGUGGAGCUUGGACAACAGGAGCAAGCCAAGGAUGAUUUUAUUUGGGGAGAAAUGGGUGGGCAAAGGGAGAGGUGUCCAAGAAUGUGAGACUUCCAGGCUAGGCACCCUGGAUACCUCACAUUUCCACUUGAGAUUACAAGUUUUGGCUUCUGACUUAAUUUUCAGGAGCUGGCAGGGCAAGCCUCAGGUUUUGCUAACACCUUGAAGGCCAAUGGCUUUUCUUGGCCUCUGAAAACAGAUGAACUCUCAUAUAUAGCUGAGCCACAUCCUGCAUCUUCCUGGACCUAGGGCUGAGCUAGGCUUGAAAUCUGUGUCCCCUGUGCCCUCCCAGUUGCCCCCCCCCACUCCCCACACACAGAUAUGCUCUCUAUCCUGUCAUUAGCACCCUUAGCUUAGGGUAGGGUUGGAAUGGGGCACCUUUUUCUGUUUUCUAAACUUAAAGUUGACUCCUCUAAGAAGUUGGAAAUUGGAGUCUGUCUGGUGCUCUUGCUGUCCAUCACUUUGUGGAUUUCUUUUUGGCACCAAGACUGUCACUCUCUGCUUUUCCUGCCUUCUAGUCCAUUGACUUAUCAGCACAACAGGCUCACAACUUAGCCUUUCAUUUUUAGUUUGUUUUAAGCUGUCUUAAGGUGUAUGUGAAAUAAACAUUGACAGCUUUUUUCUGGAGCCCUCAAGGUGCCUAUUUUGCUGGUUCCCUUUCCAGCAGCCUCCCCACCUUCCAAACCACCUCCUCCACUGGGAGCCUCCACUAAGCCCCCCUCCACUGUUCUACCCUCUUAACCCUGCUUUUGUUUACAUCAGCCUGCCCAAGAAUUUCCUCUGGGGAGAAACGUGUUCCUGCUGUUGUCUGGUGCCUGGAGAGAAUAAAACCUACUGGGGGGCAGGGUCUCCUCUAUCUGAAAGAAGCCAAAGGGCCUCUAUCUUGUCCUACCCAUAUUCUGGGUAGGGCCUCAGGCAAAUCUGACUUUGGGAAGUUGGUCUGCCGUUUUCCCUUUGGAUAGCUUCCAUGGGACCACUAUAGCUUUUCCUUCCCCAUAGCUACCCCAAAUAGCUGCUGCUCUAAGAUCCUCCCUUUCUAAAGCACUCUCUAAAGCCCCUUGGAUGGCAGGAUGGCAGGGAGAAAGCGGCCCAGGAAAAAUCUGAGCAAGUCUAACAGUGAGAGUAGGUCUAGGAUCUCUCAAGUUGGUAUCCAUUUAGCCUGAAUCUCUUUGAUAUACUUGCCCUCCCUUGGAACCAGACUUCUGGUUGAGCAGAAAUAAACUAGUUUUAGAGAACCCACCAACAGACUGCCAUGAAUUGAUGUAGAUUCUUAGGCAAUCACACAGGCAGGGUCAUCUCUGAUCACUGAUCACUAGAUGGAUAGCUUAGCCUAAGGAAUUUAAAUGUGUUUUCCUCCGUGAUAAAGUCAAGAGCAGUUGGAUUUGGAACUUGAGGCAAAUCAAAUGAUUAAAAAAUUGAUUUGUGUGAAAGUCUUUUUAGUGUCUUUUUUAAAAACUUCUGUUGCCCAGACAUUUCCACAGAGCUAAAAAUAAUCUCCCAGGUGCUGGUCCCUUCUAGCUAGGGCUCUUCUGCCUGGGGUCUGGAUGUGUGUGGUUCAAGUAGAGCACUUGCCUAGCAUGUGUGAAAGUGUUUACUUACACUCUGUUCAUGCCCAGCCUCUGCUAAGUCUAUGGAGUCUUCUUUAGUGUCAGCAGGGUAUUGCUCCCAAAGGCAAUCCUUCCUGUAUCUGCCUGUCCCCUCUUACGCUGGAAUUCCUACAAUUCCUGCAAGGAAUCAAGUAUUUGGAAAUUAAAUCCAGUUGAAGAAACUAAAUGUUCUAGAGUCACCGUAAUUGAAUUUAGUCUCAGCGGGGCAGUCCUGGAGAGCCACCAGACAUCAUCCCCCAUCCUUUUGGCAGGUUGGUGGCUUUAAGACUAGGAGCUUUGGGAAGCAUCCAUCCUGAGAAAAAGGAGUACACAUGGGAGCCCAGCGUUGAGCUAAUAACCCUUCCCUCAGAAAAAGAGCUAAUCAUAACGGAAAGUGAUUUCAUAAAAGGAGCAUUUCAUGCUCAUCCUCAACUGGCUCUUUAAACCUUCUAUUAGCUUUCUAAACAUGCUUUUUAAAAAAUUCUGUAGGACUAGGCAAAUGACAAAGA